AUCUGAAGAGGAUGGACCAUCUGAAGAUAGAUGUCAGAGCAUCCUUUUAUUUGAUUAUCCCCUGGCCUUGCAUCGCUAUUGUUUUAAAUAGGCUUCCAAGUCCCUAUCCCGAAGAUAUUUUUUAUUUUCAAAUUUCUGCACAUUCGUAUUUGUUGGACUUUUGGGCUCUGAAUCCCUACGCUACCUACGAGCUAAAAACACAAAGCUACCCUGGGUUUCAGAGGCUGAAUAUCCGCUUUUCCCAGCAUGCUAGGGUUCAAAUGGGCUGUCGUCGUAAUUCUCGCUUCGCUCGAAAAACUCAUAAAAUCUCGCUUCGCUCGAAAAACUCUCGGAGCCCCUGGUCUCCAGGGUAACACAAAGCAAGAGCAACGGCAAGAAUUCCAACACCGUCCAGCUAUAUUUGGUUUUCCUGUGGUAAACCAAGGACGACUGUGUAACCGCGCGAUCGCGGUUGCUGCACGUGCUUUGGACAAGAUGUCUUCUCUCGCGAAACAACUAAAACAGCUACAAAUUCCGGCUCAGUUAGCCAGUCCUGCCACACAGACACAGAAACAAAAAGAUUCGUUACUCUUUACAGGGCGCGAGGCAGCAGAUAUUGAUAAUGAGACCGUCUUUUCUAUCGCGAGAAACGGCCUUGACGAGCUUGAACUAAUUGAAGCUGGAUUCAAGAAUUACGAAGAGACGCUCUUCAAUGAAGUAUUCAAGAAAACGGAACGCUCUAUCCAGUCGAAAGAGUUUAACGAGCGGCUGAACCUUCAAAUAGCUAAAUUCCUUAAGUUAUUAUCACCGUAUUUUCUCCUAAAACCGGCUCAGAAAUGUUUAGAAUGGCUUAUUCGAAGAUAUCGCGUUCACAUCGUGAACGUGGACGAACUUGUGGCGUGUGCGUUGCCUUACCACGAGACUAAUCUAUUUGUACGGGUUGUGCAGCUUCUUAAAAUACGCGAUUCCUCUUCAAAAUGGCACUGGCUAUUGCCUUUGCAGAAAUCAGGGAGCCCGUUGGCCAGAACUACGCUUCUUAACCGUUGCAUUUCGGAUUUAUCUUUCUUGGCACAGAUUUGUGAGAUGGUAACUUCUGGGGUUGAGUCUGGCUGUCCCAUCUCUUGUCUCAGAGUGCUUUUUUCCUUCUAUGCCUCCACUUUGGUUGGUGUUUUGGAGAUUGUAGAUAAGGUAUCAGAGGGAAUAAUCACCAGGUUACUGCCCAAUAUUAUUGAAGGGCUGAAGUCUAGAAUAUCGGAAUACAGAGCAGCUUCUUAUAUGAUUGUUGCUCAGUUGUGUUUAAAGUGUACACUUGAUAGAAAGCUGUUGAAGUCUCUCAUGGAACAUUUAUGCAAGCAUCUUGGUCCAGAACUUGUAAAUGAAGGUCUUUUAUGUCUGACAGCCAUGUGUCAGACCCAGGACUUGAUUGAAUUGUCUAGAAGAUCUUUCAAGUCCUUGACAAGAACUCCAAAUCUCCCUCAGCAUUUGCAUGGUCUUACCAGCUCUCACAACAUGACAGCACUCUUACAAAUUGUGAUCCCUCAACUUGUGAGUGGUGUUGUAGCUGAAAGUCUAGAUGUAGAUAAUGCACAGAAAUGUCCAUUAAUGGACAUUCUUAUCUGCCUCCUGAAAGAUCUUCAGCUUGAAAGUCACAUUGUAAAGACAGCAUCAAGAAAACUGCUUGAGCAAUACUGCGAAGAAAGAAGUAAACACAAUGACAAGUCUUCCAUUAAAAGAUUAAACAAUAAAUUAAAAGCUCUUCCCCAAAUUCUUGAGAAACGUUAUCCAUCAGAGCUAGAGAAGGCCAUUGAGGAGUAUCUAGAGGACCUCAAAGCAACAGGGGAAGGAAGUGAGGAUGAGAAAUACCCUAAAUGGACCCUAGAGUUGAUGUCUCUGGCCCUCUCUGGCUUACAAUCACAGAUCAAUCCAGACUCCAGGACGACAUUAACAUUAAGCCUACACCAUCCAAAUACAGAUAUCAGGGCAAAAGCUGUUGAUCAUUUGUACCAGAUGCUCAAAGAACACAAGGGGGUGUCCCAGGACAAAGAUUUCCUGCGAGGUGCUCUCUUGUCCAGGCUGGAGGAUGAUGAGCCUUCUGUUGCAAGUGCUGUUCUGGACAUCGGAAAAACAUUGUUGGACUGUGUGCCUACUUCAGACUUGGUUGAGAAGCUUUUUCAGCUUGUAAGCAAAACAGGAAAAGAAUGGAAGGAAGUCUCUAAGAAGGCGGUCUCUAUCCUGUGUGGUCCUUAUCUAACUGCUGACAAUGCUACCUUACUUGACACUGUGGUGUUUGGACAGAUUUCGCUGUUCUUCUCUCAUCCAAAAUCACACCAAAGCCCAGUAGAUCUUGCUCUGACAAUCUCCAAAUCAGAUGUUGCCAAAAGACAUCUUUUACUCACAGACCUGAAAACCCUGAUCAAGGAAAAAGAUUGGAAAGCAGCCAAAGACAGCUCUGAUCAUGAUGCUCAUGCUGUCGCGAACAGAGCACUUGCUUCAUGGUUAGGGGAUCAGCUGGUUAAACUGACUCAAAAACAGCAACUAGAAAUGGUGACCAAGCUUAUUGAUUACUCCAAAUCACACCCAGCGGACUUUGCAUUCAAGGUCACAUUGGGGAACAGCCUUGGACGACUAGUUUUCAAGGCAACACUUACUGACAAUGAUUUGUCAUUGUGUGAGACUAUCCUCAGCUUUGUAAAGGAGUGUCUGAAGGGUGUUAUGGAGCUAAAACCAUCUCAGCAGAAGUUUCAUCUGGACAUUCACCUGUCUGAUGAUGGUAUGGUUCCAAAGAUUUUGCUGUCAGAGUACAUGUCUCUGAUGAGAAGGAACAAGUCCAAAAAAAUGGCAAAUAUCAGGGCAUCCAUGAAUUUGUGGGUACUUGGAAACCUUAUACGAAACAUGCCUGUGUUCAAGACAACAGCAAAAGGGGCAUGGUGGAACAUUGAAGAGGAGAGUUCUUCUGAACUCAUGUACUCCAAGAUCCUGCUAUCUGUGUUUGAAAUGCUUGCUCCUGCUUCUGGUACUACCUUGCCGAUUGCUCAUCAGGACAUCUUCAGACAGCUUCUACAGGUGUUUAUUCAGCAUCAUCUGCCUGAUAAGCUGACACUACUGCAUUUCUUGGCCAAUGUGUGGUCCAGUAAAACUGUUGCCAGCCCUGCCACGCUACAAGUCCAGAGUCUGCACAUUGGCGCAGUGUGCCUUAAAGUGAUGGGCAGCUCAGAUGUCACUCAUAUCCUUGAGAAAACAGACACAGUCGUGGUAUCUUUGCUGGUGCCUCUGUCUAGCAUGGUGGCACCCAUCAGGAAAGCAGCUGUGGAGUGUGUGCGGGGACUUUAUUCUACCGCUGAGAAGAACCUGUCCGGGCCUGUGGGGGUGCUGAUAGCAUUGUUGGCAGAAAAUGCAGAAGAAAUACAAGCAGACCAUGCUCAAAUAAAAAGGCUUUUUGGCAGCACGCUUUCCCUUCCUGAAUCCAAGAGUCCAAAGGGUAAAUCUAAGAAGAAAGCUGAACAAAAGACUGCCUUGCUGGAGUAUGUUGUCCGUCACGCUGUCAGUGCCAAUACUCCAGUGCAUGUCCAGAUAGCACUUCUCAUAGUGCUCACAGAAGUUGUAAGUCAGGAAAUGGUACAUCUGUGCCUGCCAAGGGUUCAAGAUCUCAUGAAAAAGGCCCAAGAGAAAAGAUCUCUAAACUCUGACGAAAGUAUCUGCCUACAACAUUUGACCAAGAAGUUCACCUAUGUGGCCGCACCCCUUCUGGAAUCUGAUCCGCUUUGCUUGCAGCUCUUGGAGGGUCUCUUUUCGCUUGGAGUGACACUCUGUCCUGGGCACCCAGCUCCUGCCAUGUCAAUUCUGGACCAGUUGGAUGACAAAUUCUUCCAAGUGAUUCCAGCAGGUGUUGUACAGCAAAAGGUUUUAGGGAUGCUCCUAGACCUUCAUCUCAGCAGCACAGAUGUCCAAUUAACAGCCAAGACUAAGGAUGUGCUUAAUGUGAUUGUGCUCAAGGCCGAGCAGGUAAUAGAAGAACUUAGCCAACUAAAAGCACAACCCAAGACUCCAAAGCCUAAAAAGCAAAAAAGGAGUGCCACCCAGGAGGAAACAUCAGCAAAAGAGUUGAAAUCAUGGCAAAGAAUCACCACUAUCCUGGAACUGUUACAACACAAGAGUAAUAUCACAGACAGGGAGCACAUGGUGCCCGUACUAUUUGCCUUGCUGGCAAGAUGUGUUGAGAGAGAGAUACCAGAAGAAGCAAUACCAGACUACAUCACUCAACUGGUGCUAGCAGAGAUCCUCAACAUUUGUCUUAUUUUACUGUCAAACAAAACUCCAGAUGCAGUUCCUGAGAGCCAGUUCAAUGUGGAGCUUGUGGUGCAGUGCAUCCGUGUGUCAGAAAACCCACAGACUCACCAUCAGGCCCUUCUCCUUUUGUCAACAGCAGCCAAGCUCUACCCAGAGAAGGUCCUUCAUAAUGUAAUGUCCAUCUUCACCUUCAUGGGUGCCAACCUCCUCCGCCAGGAUGACAGCUACAGCUUCCAGAUUAUCAGCAAGACUGUGGACACAGUCAUCCCAGCCCUGAUACAGGCUGGUGAAAAACAGAAGCUACCCAAGUUACAGUCCAAGGGUACACCACCAGCAACCUUAAAUGACAUUGUCGUCAUGGUGAUCCGGGUCUUUGUAGAUGCAUCACCCCACAUGCCAGAGCACCGCCGCUUACCAGUGUUCACCCACCUAAUAUCUACUGUUGGUGCCGAGAGGCACCUGCAUGCUGCAGUAGCAUUAUUACUAGAGAGCUACAUAGUGCACCCUGCUCAGCCUGAUGACGAGGGUGUCAAGCAUUCUCCUCUUGAUAUUGACUUCUGCAUUUCACUUUGUCAAGAGUUUGACCCGUCUGUGCAGGCUGAGGGAAUGCUGAAACUCGUGAAAUAUCUUGCACAGCUCCCUAUGGAAAAACCAGAAGGUCAUCACUACCAUCCCCGCAGAAGAAAGUCAGCCCCCCUCUUCAGUGGUCCCACCCCUCUAUUUGAUGUCCAUGUACACUCAGCCAAACACUUCAGACAAUUCAAGUUCACAGUUUUAGGUUUAGUCCCUACUGUCCUGGGCAAUGACAACUUCAUAGCAAAGAUUGCUGAAUUUGAGGGAAGCACUUCAAGGCAAAUGGACGGUAUCUAUCUUGGUCUGAUUGAGGAGCUCUUGAAGCUUGUUACCACCACGGCACAGUAUUCAGAGCAACAAACACAAGAAACUGCCAAGAAAUUCUGGCGAGCACUACUGCACAAGGCAUAUGAUAUUAUUGAUAAGGUUAAUCAGCUCCUACCAACGAGUGUGUUUAUAGGAGUGAUACAAAGACUGCUUGUCAAUGACAAUGUUACCGUGAGACGUAAAGCAAUGGAGCUUCUGAAUGCCAAACUGGCGCACUAUACCAUACAACCCAAUCAGGUAAAUGAGCUUCUGGAUUUAGUGAACGACCUGGUAGCCUUUGUGGAAGGGCGUUGUUCAGGCGAGGAAACCACAGUCAAUCGGCAGACGGCACUGUACAGCUUGAAGCUGCUAGCAAGACUUCUAGCUGAACAAGAGCCUGCAAUAUUUACCAAGGUUCUGGAACUCUCCAUCAAGAUCUUCACGGCCAAAGACGAAAAUAUUCUGGUUGCCUCCAACGCCCUCCUCUGCCUUGCUGAAGUCUGUUCUGGUCUUAAAGCCAAUGCCAUUUCUUACCUUCCCCAAUUUAUGCCGAAUCUGAUAAAAAUGCUUCAGCCUUCAAAAGAACAAAAGAGUGCCCUACUUCUUUGCUGUGUUGUUACCCUUCACAAAGUGAUCAGCACCCUGCCACACUUCAUGAGUCCCUUCCUUGUCGACAUCUUGGUGCAUGUCUGUCUUCAGUCCGUGCGUGCAUCUGAAGAGACUGAGGAUGAAGAUGUGCCAAACCAAUCCACAAUGCAGGCACAGGUCCUGGACCGCCUUGCAGCAGUGAGGAAGGACCUGGCCAAUGCCAUCACCUCUCGUGUGUUGCUUCCGGCAGUGUCCCAGUGUUACUACACUCUGCUGGACACACAGCAACAGCCUGCCGUCACCCCCCUGCUAGACAUCCUCUCCGGCUCCAUCACAGCCAUGAGCACGAAAGAUGUGAUGUCGCACCAUGACCAGCUGUUCAAGGUCUUCCUGGUCUUGCUGGAUUUUAGGGUCACUCAACAUCAGUGUGGGCAAGGCCUCGUGGAGAAGAUUGAAGGUGGUGUGAUUGACAGUUUACUUAGCCUGGUCAUGAAGAUGUCCGAAGCAACUUUCCGACCGGUCUUUCUCAAGUUGGUAGAGUGGGCGACGCGAGGUAACGCUCAUAAGAGGCGCCUUUUGGUGUUCUACAGACUCUGUGUCAGUAUUGCUGAGAAACUCAAAGGACUGAUGACGCUGUUCGCUGGUUACAUCCUUAAGAACUGCGCAUCACUGCUUGACGCUAACAACUCCUCGAAAACAGACCAGCUCUUCUUUGAGGAAGAAGGCGUGGAGGACCAGAGAGGUAGUUCAGUGCAGCUAGUGAAGUUCAUCUUAGACUGUCUACAGAAAUGCCUGCUAUACUCCACCAAGGGCUUCAUCGACAAGGAGAGGUUCGACUGCUUGAUGCAGCCAAUCGUUGACCAGCUGGAGAACCAAUCAGACAAGGACAAGUUCCAGCAGCUUGUUACGGGUCACGUGGUCCCCUGCCUGGCACAACUUGCAGUGGCUUCUGGGAGUGACGUGUACUGGAAACCGCUGAACUACCAAGUCUUGCUCAAGACAAGACAUACCUCCUCCCAGGUGCGUUUCGCAGCCCUUAAGGCACUGGAGGAGCUUCACCGUCAGCUUGGCGAGGAGUUCAUCGUGCUUUUACUGCCAGAAAGUAUCCCUUUCCUGGCGGAGCUCAUGGAGGACGAGUGCUUCGAAGUCGAGCAGCAGUGCCAACACGUGGUCAGUGAGAUCGAAUCUGUGAUCGGUGAGCCGCUACAGAAGUACUUUGAGCCCUGAACGUAGCCUUUAGAAAACGAACUGGUGCAUAAGAAGCGGAGAACGCGGCCCUGAUUAACUUGCUGAAUAGACAGGAACACAUGAGCAGAGAGAGUCAAUAAUGUAACACGUGUCAGGGAAUCAGCUCAGGGAUUCCUUGGAGGUGAGCAGCUCUGAGAGGUAAUACCUCUGGCUCAAUAGACCUCCGACGAUUAAUCGCAAAUUAAACAGGUUAGGAUGUUACACUUCACUUCACUUCACUUUAAUAAAUUGCGCAACCUAUUGUACAAUAUGUCAGUGCGCAGCGCAGUGCCGAGUCUAAAGCCCAGCGUGGAAGGCCUCUGGGCAGCCUCUCAUGUCAAUUACAAUUACUGUGGAAGGUUGUUCCACAGUCUCAGUGCACGGGGCAAAAAACUAUAUUUAUAUAUGUCAGUUCUGGCGUUAGGAAUAGUAUAGAAUUCAGAGUGUUGAGUGCGGGGCAAGACGCGAGAAAUUUUCCUCAGAUCUUCGAGUGGCAGGAUAGAGGCAUUAUUUAGGCCACUGUUUAGGAGCACCAAUGAUGAGGUGCGCCUGCGGUCUUCGAGUGGCUGCCAACCCAGUUCGGAAAGGUGGCGCGUCAUUGUGCCGGGUUCGAAGGAGGAGUAGUCUGUAUGUUAGGGGACAUCUCCCAUUCAUCUCACGGCGACAUUGCUAUGUGUAUUCUACUUACGCAUCUGAAGCCCCGUGCAAACUGCGCCAGCACGGCGACAUUGCUAUGUGUUCUACAUACGCAUCUGAAGCCCCGUGCAAACUGCGCCAGCACGGCGACAUUGCUAUGUAUAUUCUACUUACGUGCAAACCCCGUGUAAGCCCCGUGCAAACUGCGCCAGCACGGCGACAUUGCUAUGUGUAUUCUACUUAGGCAUCUGAAUCCCCGUGCAAACUGCGCUAGCACGGCGACAUUGCUAUGUGUAUUCUACUUAGGCAUCUGAAUCCCCGUGCAAACUGCGUCAGCACGGCGACAUUGCUAUGUGUAUUCUACUUACGUAUCUGGAGCCCUGUGCAAACUGCGCCAGCACGGCGACAUUGCUAUGUGUAUUCUACUUACCCAUCUGAAGCCCCGUGAAAACUGCGCCAGCACAAGCCAGCAUUGCUGGCGAAUUCUUGCUCGACUGACCACAAGACAAAAGAAAUGUCAGGAAGUUCCACUUCCCAUUUUGACAUUUUCUUUGUCCUAUAGUCAGUCAAGCGAAAAUUCCGCCAACAAUGCUGGCUGGUGCUGGCGCAGUUUGCACGGGGCUUGACGUGUCAUACUCGGAGAAGAUGAUGUAGGACGCGAUGGCGAUGUUGCUUUCUGUCAUCUUGUUAACUUCACUAGCUCAACAUUGAAAUAAGUCUAUUAAAUUAUACAAAAGAA